UCAGUGAGUGAACGCUCGCCCAAGCUGUCGUUCUUAAUCCCUUCUUGUAUUUACUUUCAAAUUGUAAACAACGCAGUGUUUCUCGCAAAGCUAGUACUUAAUCAAGUUUUAAUAUUUACUGGAGACAUGGACCAAAUCUGCCGGUUAUGCUUCAACGAUGGCCCCAAUUUGGGACCGAUUGGCGAUUGCACGGUGGAGGGAGUUAACCACGAUGGCCACGGAACGCCUCCCCCGGAUCUGGUCCAGCUGAUCUUCCGGUAUUUGGCGAUUCAGGUUAUUAAGAAUGAAACUCCCAGCAAAUCCUUAAUUUGCUGGACCUGUCGGAAGGCAAUCGAAGACUGGCACAGCUUUCACCAGGUUUGCCUUCGGAACGAUGCUAUCUAUCAGCAGCAACAACAGGAACAACAGCAGACUCAUAAGAUGGAGUUCGGCGAACAGGAUCUGCAGGAUGAAGAACCUACAAUCGCGAUAGACGUUACGCUGAAGGAGGAACAGAACGGCGACGACGACAACGAAGGUGACUUGGAGGGUUCUGCGGAUGAUGAUGGCGAUCUGUCCUUUGAGCCGGUAGAAGUUUUGGGCGAGGAGAACGGUUCGGGCACGAGCAGCGAGGAAGAAAUCUCUCCGAACAGGAAGGUUCCUCUCAAGAAACGCGGCAGACCGAGAAAGGAGAUAUUCGACAAUGAAGACUACGAGGAGGACAGCGAGUCGGAUAAGAAACCGGGCAAGAGGAAGCGCGGUCGUCCGAAGGAGGAGAAGCGAGCCAAACGGGUUGAGGUGUGCACAAUUUGUGGCAAGUUCAUAAAGAACCUCCCCGAGCACAUGAGGAUCCACAACAAUGAAAAAAGACAUCAGUGUCCGUACUGUCCGAAGGCAUUCGUGAGUGCUUCCAAUUACAACUCUCAUGUUAACAUACACACACGGGCCAAAAUGUACAAGUGUGACAUGUGCGAAAAAGAGUACGUCAUGCUAAACAGUUUAAAACAGCACCAGAAGACGCACCUCAAGGAACGAAUCUAUCUUUGUCCGGUGUGCGGCAAGGCGUACUACCAGCCCACCGGGUUGGCCCGGCACAAGCGAACCCACUUUGAGGAGCCCAAAAUUAAGUGCUCCGAGUGCGACAAAAUGUUCUUGUCCAACGGUGACCUGCGGAAACACUUUAGCAAACAUCUCAACGAGAAACCCUUCAAGUGUGAGGUUUGCAACCGCGGGUUUAGCCGGAAGGACAAUCUGCGGACGCACAUGAAAACGCACCGAGCUGGUGUUCAGGGGGUAAAGCAGAGCGAACAACCAACCGUUGUUGCGUCCGCUAUUGGUUCCAACGUGGCAACGGUGGCAGUUGGUGUCGAGUGAGAAGAGUUUAGCACGAUUUUGAACUGCCUCAAGUAUUUUUUUUCAGUAAACUGCAUAGUUUUGUAUUUGAUCCAGUAUUAAAUACUUUAAAAAUUAAAUUUGGAAUAAACCGCAAUUUGAUCAUAUAAACAUAUACAAACAUAAUUGCAGGCCAAGGAUUGAUACCUAAGAGCAUGCAAUGGCACUGACCUUGUUGCGUGCUCUUCGGUUGACGUCCACGUAAGGAACAUCCUGGAAGGAGCGUAACUAACUACAUCCGUAGUUCUGUUAGAUCAUCCGAACUAUCUUGAUCAGAACAGUAUAGCUCUGGUUCCUUGCGAGUGUCCUAUUUUCUUACCUCCACGUUGGCUUGGUUUUCAUGAUGACCUAGCUGGUGGCCUGUGGAAACGGAUCGUAAACCUUUGACCACCGCGGGUCAGAGUCGAGACGGCUAAAAGAAAAGGGCGCGACAAUGUGGGAAAGGGAAGUAAUUUGUGAUUGUAGACGGUAUUGUUUUGAUUCGCAGUAUGUUGAGUCAACUGCUGUGGAUGUACCUGAAACAUCGCACAACGGGGUUUCUCUUCUCUUCAUUCUCAGCUACCACCUAUCUCCUAUUUUUGUUUUGCUCUUCUGAUUCCCAAUUCUUCACUGAUUCUUCUAUUUAAUAUCCAACAUUUGAUUUUAAUGUUACUAACUUUUGAUUCUCUUAUCUCUCAAAGCUUUUCCACUCUUUUCUAUCAAUUGAUACUGCUGUAAAAACUUUGUGUUUUUCAUUAAAAAUAUACUUUUCCUUGAUGUACUAGUAAUAUCAAGUCUAUUGUUCAUUUGGCUAAUCUUUUUUGAUUUUAUUGCGAAUUUAUUUAUUUGAAUAAUUCUUUAUCUGUCCUAUAAAUUAUCAUUACUAUAAUCUAAGCUUGUUUUGCAUCUCUAUUUAUUAACUAUUGUCUAAUUUUACAUCUAAUACAUCUAGCUUCUCAUUUUUAUUCUUCAAAAUACGCUAAUCAUUCUCUUACUAUUGAUACUUGAUUUUUAUAAAAUAAAUUUUCUUUUACUGUCUAUUGUUUUCAAUCUUCACCCUUUUUUCAAACAAGUGAGGUUUGAGCCCUUACUCAAUUUAUGGAAUGGUUAAAGGAUUAACACAAAUAUUACUAUUGUAUUUUUGGUAAACUUUUAUAACAUGCUUAGGACCAAAAAUUGUAACAAAACACCGCGACAAAAGAAAUAGCUACAUAUAAACACGAUUCAGCACUAGGAAAGAUUUCAGGAGAAAACAAUACCACAAUACACUGUAAAUAACAAUUAGUUUUUGAAUUCAAACUAAAAAUAUAACAGUUUUUGCUUUAAUGAAAGUUGAUAGGCACACUAUAAAUGGUUAGGCGCUUAUACUUACAUCAAUCCCUACGUAAUGUACCACCCCCGGCCGAGUUAAAAUGCGUAACCGGAAAAGAAGGUGUGCAUGCCUGGCACGAACACUCAAAGCGUGUUCUAGCGUGCUGCUCGUACUGACUCAGAGCAAGGGUGAGAUGUAGGUGUAAGGGCAGUGCGAGUUCGUCGGGAACCUGGUGCAUAAGAUCGGUCAAGGCCCGUUCUUACACUGAAAAUUGCGAAUUGCGAAUAAACAUAUACAAACAUAA